GAAGCUCUUAGUAAGCGGCUUGGCUUAUUUUGAUGAUUGUGUCAAAACAAACGUCAAUUAUCCAUAAAAAUUCAACAAAAUCGUCCUUUACGGCAACGAAAAACGUUAAAAUCAACAUCAACGUAUUAAAAUACGACAAAAUGAAACGGUUUUCUUGGAAUUCCCGCUGAAAAAUCUUUAAAGAAAUUUAGUGAUGACAUAAACAACAACAGCAUAAAAUGUCAAUUAACAAUACGAAUGGUACCGCCAAAGUUAGAGGCCCUGGUAGGCCCCCAAAAAAGAUUAUAUCGUGCACGUGGUGUAACGAAGGAAAAUUACCGUUAAAAUACGUCCUUCCCACUCAAAAUGGUAAGAAAGAAUUUUGUUCGGAAACGUGUUUAUCAGAAUUUCGUAAAGCGUACGUAAAAGGGGCCUGUUUACAAUGUGACAAUGUAAUAAGGGGUAGUAAUAACCCCUCAAAAGAUUAUUGUUCGAUAUAUUGCAUGAAUAAACAUCAAAAACGUAAUGAUGGCAAUGGAAAAAUAUUGGCUGUGACCCCUACAACUGCAAUGGAAAGUUCACAAGGUUCUCCGGGACCGUUUCAAUACGAAACUUAUCAACCAUUCGAUUGGGACGAGUACCUACGUGAAACAAAUUCGAUAGCUGCCCCAAAUAACUGUUUUAAACAAGCUCCGAAUCCGCCGAUUAACGAAUUUAAAAUGGGGAUGAAAUUGGAGGCGUUAGAUCCCCGAAAUGUAACUUCAACGUGCAUAGCAACUGUGAUAAGCAUUUUAGGGCCGAGAUUACGCCUCCGAUUAGAUGGCAGCGAUAAUAAAAACGAUUUUUGGAGGUUGGUCGAUUCUAGUGAGAUCCAUCCGAUUGGACAUUGUGAGAAAUCGGGGGGGAUGUUACAACCUCCGCUUGGUUUUCGAAUGAACGCCAGUUCUUGGCCUAUGUUUCUAUUAAAAACGUUAAAUGGGGCGCAAAUGUCACCGCCAAAGGUAUUUCAAAAAGAACCCGUCGGACCCAAAAACAAUAUGUUUCAAGUCGGUCAAAAAUUAGAGGCUGUUGAUAAAAAGAAUCCGCAACUAAUUUGUACAGCGACCGUGGGGGCUGUUAAAAACGACCAGAUUCAUGUUACUUUUGAUGGUUGGAGGGGGGCUUUUGAUUAUUGGUGUCGGUACGACAGCCGGGAUAUUUUUCCUGUUGGGUGGUGUGCUAAAUCGGGACAUCCCAUGCAACCACCGGGGCAAAAAAAUAGUAGCACAGCCAGUCGAUUUAAAUUAAAAUCAACCCCGCAACCCACUCCGCCCCAACAAUCAGCGCCUGUGACUUCAUCAACGCCCCCGACAACAGCAACAACAAUAAGUUCGAGUACUUUAGAUGUCCAAUCACCGGAAGCGGAUACUUCAGCGCCUCCGCCUCCCCCUAUAGUCGUUCAUUUAUAUAAAACUUGUUUGGGAGGGCCACUUUUUGACGCCACCCUUUUAAAACCAUCCGUUGAAGAUCAAUCGCCGGUUGGAGUAGCCAAAAAAUUGAUAGCGGAAAUAAUGCGGACUUCGCAUAAAGCGGAAACGAUACUGGCGAGAUUGGGGGCUUUGCGUGGCGAUGAAAUGGUUAUAACGCAUGAGGGGAGUACGUAUACAAUAAAAUUACCCGUUUUGACAGGAAAAUCCGAUUUGGAGAAUGUUUUUGAGGCGUUGUCUACGAGUUUGGGGUGUUGCUCAAAUUUAUUUGCUUUGCAGCGUUCAAACAUUGAAUGUAAGAAUUGCGUUUCAAAACCACCCCCUGCUAAGCGUAAACAAGCGGAACAAGAAGCUGCGACUUCAACAACUGUUACUGAUGCUUCGAUAGUUGAGUCACCGUUAACGGCUUUAAAUAGGACGCCGACUCAAGAAUGGGGGAUUGAGGAAGUUAUACAGUUUAUUGAGUGUACCGACCCAUGUCUUGGGACUCAUGCUGAUUUAUUUAGGAAGCAUGAAAUUGAUGGGAAAGCGCUGCUUUUAUUAAACUCCGAUAUGAUGAUGAAAUAUAUGGGUUUAAAGUUAGGUCCCGCGUUAAAAAUUUGCAAUUUGGUUGCGAAGUUGAAAGGAAGGAGACACAAUAUGUUGUAAAAAAAUGUUUUGAUUUUACGGUUUCUUCAGAACGUUAAUUGUAUAACUAUAUUUAAUUCUUGGUGCUGAGUUAAAAACGUUCUAUUUCCUCUCAUCCCAAAUCCUUUUUGUAAACGGUUAAGAUUAUCGCAACGUUUUUUUUAUUUUAUUUUUCGUCUAAUUUUUAAGGAUUAUUGUAAAUACACAUGUUGAAAUUAUGGAAGAAAAAUUAUGAAAUAUAUUAUUAUUAUUAUGAUAUGUAGCAACGGAUUAAGUAUUCUGAAGUUCUGAUAAGUUUGCUUAUAUUUGUUUUGGAAAAAAAUAUUUUUCUAUUAAAAGUAAAUAAGAAAAAUUUGUUGUUCGAAUGUUCGAGAUUCUCUUAAUAUAUAUGAAAGAUUCUUGUAAAUGUGUAUUUCAAUUUGUUUUUUUAUUAUAAAUUUUUUCAACUGUUAUUUCUCUCGGUUGAAUACAUAAGUUAUUCAUAGAGGUGUAACACAGAUACGUUUUUUUUUUUAAAUUUUCAUCCUAUAUUUUGUAGAACAUAAUGAAUAAAAUGUACCCAAAUAAA